AUGGAUCACAUUCCUCGUCUAUCUGAGGUCCUGUACGUGGGUCUGUGUCGUAAGAUAGGGACACCGAAAGAAGUGGCCAUCAGAAGGGACGUGAGGGACAUGGAGGAGAUGAUAGAGAAACCUGUACAUGUGUGUUCUGGACGUAGACGUAUAUAUACUGGUAGUUAUAGGGAGGGUUUUAGGUUUCACUCCUCUGAUCGGGAUGUGAUGUAUUGGUUUCUUAGCCAUAAAAUUAUAAGCAAUAUUUCUCAGUUCACCAUUUACGAUGCAUCAAAACAUACCAUUAUCCUAAUGGAGGACACAGAUACACCGCCUGGAUUUGUCCGAUUACGACUUCUUACGCAGCCAAGGGACGACUUUAUCAGUUCAGCACUUGUUUCCUUGAAGGGUACACAUUAUCUUUCAAAUUUGUUAUGGAAAGAAAAGUGGUUGCAAAAGACUAAAGAAAUAAAAGCAAUUAAAAAUGUGGACGGUCAUGGUCCCUGUUCAACUGGUUAUGUCGGCGAUAUUGAACUCGAUUAUGCUUUAUGUUUUAUCAGUAAACAUUGGACAAUAAUAACAAGUAAUUGGAUUGAACGAUCUUAUAAAUACACCUGGCCUCCUGCUUAUGUGUUCGCUAAAAUUCUGAACAACGGUUUUCAUUUCGUUGCUAUUGGGAAUAAUAUUUUUUCUCCUUCCUACGAAUUAGAGUGGAGAUUAUCGUUUUCUCGAGCCGAACAAAAAUUAGUGUGCACCAUGAACCAUACCCAAUUUUUGUGUUACGGACUUCUGAAAAUAUUUCUGAAGGAGAAUGGGCGUGUCUUGUCUUCUUCUGAGUCCGACUCUCAGAUCAAUCCUCGAUCCAGCUCUAAGGACUCCGUCGUUUGCGGUUCAUUUUGUCGAGGGUCAUGUUAA